UAGAAAGCAUGUGAUGAAGCAUUAUAAAAGCAGAGAGGGGUUCCAAGGCCACAGAGCUCACUCUGCCUUCUUCCUCUUCUAGAGGUGAAAAGAGAGCAAGGACAACACUCUCGACGCUGGGACCUAGGUGGCCUUCCAGGGACGAUGAAGCUCCUCUUGCUCCUGCUGACCAUCUCUCUGGCCCCCACGACAGAGGCAGGGGAGAUCAUCGGGGGACAUGAAGCCAAGCCCCAUUCUCGACCCUACAUGGCCUAUCUUCAGUACAAGAAUGAGGAUUCUCGGUAUACAAUAUGUGGUGGUUUCCUUAUACGAGAGGACUUUGUGCUGACUGCUGCUCACUGUUCAGGGAGCAAAAUAAAUGUCACGUUGGGGGCCCACAACAUCAAAGAACGGGAGAAGACGCAGCAAGUCAUCCCUGUGGUGAAAAUCAUUCCACACCCAGCGUAUAAUGCUAAGACAAUCUCCAAUGACAUUAUGCUAUUAAAGCUGAAGAGUAAGGCCAAGAGGACGAGCGCUGUGAAGACUCUCAAUCUGCCCAGAAGCAACGUCAAAGUGAAGCCAGGAGAUGUGUGCUAUGUGGCUGGUUGGGGAAAGCUCGGCCCAAUGGGCAAAUUGUCAGACACACUGCAAGAGGUUGAGCUAACAGUACAGGAGGAUCAGAAGUGUGAGUCCUACUUAAAAAAUGCUUACGACAAAGCCAAUCAGAUAUGUGCGGGGGACCCAAAGAUCAAACGUGCUUCCUUUGGGGGGGACUCUGGCGGGCCUCUUGUGUGUAAAAAAGUGGCCGCAGGCAUCGUCUCCUAUGGACGUAAAGAUGGUUCAGCUCCAGAGGCCUUCACCAAAGUCUCAACUUUCCUAUCCUGGAUAGAGGAAACUAUGAAAAAGAGCUAACUACAAGAAGCAACGUGGAUCAUUUCCUGACUAACCACCUUCCCUAUAGCUGAGUCCAGGAUUGCUCUAGGACAGAUGGCAGCAACUGAAUAAAGCACUUUUUUUCUGA